AUGGGGGGGCACGGCGGGUUGAACAUUCUUCCGCAGAAGCGGUGGAACGUCUAUAACUACGAGAACCGGGAGAAGGUGCGCAAGGACGAGGCGGAGCAGGCUGCUCGCGAGCAGGCGUUGGCGGAAGAGCAGCGCCGCCGCGACAGCGAGUUGCGCCUCCAGACGCUCCGCGCGCGCGCGCGGCAGCAGCACCUUCCGCUUCCCCAGCAGCAGGCGGCGCAGGAGCGUCUGCUUCCCCCGCAGGACCAAGCGGCGCAUUUUUCGGCGGAAGAUGCGGUGGUCGUCGCAGAUUCGUCCCGAUUGGCCGAAUCACUCGAUAUAAGCACACGCGACUCUGCUCCGCAAGCGGGCUCGCUUAAAUCGGGUCACAUAAACCUUUUCGAAGGCUUAGACUCAGCGGAUUUCUCCGCGUUAGCGUGCGGUGCAGGCGCGCAGGCGAGCGACGCGGUGAAGCCCGGUCGCGCGCAGGAGGUGUGGGAGAAAGAGCACAAGGCGGGGGAGGAGGAGAAGCAUAGAUUAGGGUACGGAGCGGUGGGGAAGGGUGGGCAGCAGCCCUGGUAUGCGCGAGCUGGUGACUUGACAGUGGGGGAGGAGGAAGGAGGGGCGGGGAAGAUUAAGGGGGAUGCAGGAGGCAGCGGAGUGGGGAAGAGAAGACUUGCUGAAGCAGCAGAGGUGAAAACGGACUCACGAAGAGUGGGUUUUCAGGCGCCUCAAAAGUCGGACUCAGAAAGAGUGAAGAGGGUUGGACCUGGAGAAGCACCAAUUCACCCUGCAAAAGACAAAGAUAGAGACGACACUGGUGAUGACGACGAUGAGGACAUGUCUAGUCCGAGGCACAAGAAGGAGCGGAAGCACAGAAGGCGGCGGUCUGCUUCGCCAGACUCUUCUUCCUCCACUUCACAUGCAUCCAGCGACGAUGAUGAUGCUAACCACCACGGCCUCCGCCGCCGCCGUUCAAGGAAACCCCGUAAGAAGCAGCGCGUCAAAACGAAAAUCUCCGCAGCUGAUCGGUCUUCCUCUGAGAGUCCUUCGUCGUCCUCCUCGGACAGCGACAGUAGUCGUGGAGUGAGAAAGAAGACGCAGCGGAGCAGGCGACGGUUUGAUUCACCAGACUCCUCUUCCGCCUCAUCACUUGCAAGCAGCGACGAUGAUGAUAACCGGCACCACCACCGCCGUUCCAGCAAGCAUCCGAGACGCGUAGCUCGUCUGAACGACAACCUCAAGCAGAGAGAGACUAAACCUCUUUCGAUCAACAUGGCUCCUGCAGUCGCCGGCGGUGCCAGGGCGAAAAGACGGCAGGCCGCAGGAGCCGCACCGGUAGUAGCUUCAGAAGCAACGACGACGACUGGAGUGACGGUUUCGACAACACCGAUGCCGUUGUCGCAAUUGUCGGACAACGUCGCGAUUGACAUGCGCGACGGCCACACGACACAGCAGCCGUCGCUAGUGUCGGUGGAUCUGAGCAAGCUGCACACGUCAGCACUGAAGAGAUACCGUCGGCACUUCAAGCUGGCGGAAGUUGGGCCCAACUCCUCCAAGGAGCAGCUUCUGUCGGCCGUCGGGCGGCACUUCAUGUCGCAGCAAUUGGACGAGCUUCAGGUUCUCACAGGCUUCUUGCAGGCAGCCAAGCGGCUGAAAGUGGCUCAUUGA